GAUCCGUUCCGGUUGCUUCUAAUCCCAUAUUCCCAUUUCCACACAACACCUGUUUAAACUAAUCCACUUCCGCCUCCGCCUCCGCUUCGGGCUCCACUUCCGCUCGUAGCUUCAGCCUUCAGAUCUCCGGUUGCAUCUCAGUCUAGCCAGGGGGGGAGAGAUGAGCGAAGCGGAGGCGCCUCUCAUCACCGAGGAGGCGGCGGAGCGCGGCUUGGCGUCCUCCGGCAGUCGCCGCCUCAGCGACGGGGGCGGCGAGCAGGGCUCUAGGAAGUACCGCAGGCGGUCGGACGCGCUAGCCUAUGGCGACCGUUACCAGAAGGCGGCCGCUCUCGUCGACCUCGCAGAAGAUGGUGUUGGCAUCCCUGAGGAUGUCUUGAAUGAUACGAGGUUCGGGAGGGCAAUGAGUUUCUAUUUUGUGUAUCUCCGGUUGGACUGGCUGUGGUCACUUAACCUGUUUGCUUUGAUUCUUUUGAAUUUUCUCGAGAAGCCUCUAUGGUGCCGGAAAGAUGCUCUACAUGCUUGUGAUCAAAGGGAUCUUUACUUUCUCGGGCAGUUGCCAUACUUCAGCAAAACUGAAUCACUCAUCUACGAGGGCCUUACACUUGUUAUUCUUGUAAUGGACAUCUUUUGUCCACUUUCUUAUGAAGGCCUAAAUAUUUUCUGGAGGAGCACCACGAAUAAGUUGAAGAUUGUUCUUCUCUUCAUCUUAGCAUGCGACAUACUGGUGUUUGCCUUUAGUUCCCAACCUUUCAGAUUAGCUCCAUACAUCCGCGUAGUUUUUCUAAUCAUGACUAUCAGGGAACUGCGAAUGUGUGCUAUCACACUGGCCGGUCUUAUUGGGACAUACCUCAAUGUUUUGGCCCUCUCUCUGUUGUUCCUCUUAUUUGCAAGCUGGCUAGCUUAUGUAACAUUUGAGGACACUCCACAAGGGAAGACCAUUUUUUCAUCAUACGGUGUAACACUGUAUCAGAUGUUUGUCCUCUUCACCACCUCCAAUAAUCCUGAUGUAUGGGUGCAUGCUUACAAGAUAUCCCGCUGGUAUUCCCUAUUUUUCAUCGUCUACGUGCUUUUGGGAGUUUACUUCCUGACAAAUUUGAUUCUUGCUGUCAUCUAUGAUAGCUUUAAGGAGCAGUUCGCAAAGCAACUUGUUCAGGUGGACUCUAUCAGGAAAAAUAUAUUACAGAAGGCAUUUGAUCUUAUCGAUACCAACAAUCGGGGUUAUCUCGACAGGGAACAGUGCAUAUCAUUGCUUAAUGAGCUGAACAAGUACAGGUCCUUACCAAAGACUUCAAGGGAAGAUUUUGAAUUAAUUUUUGCCGAGCUUGAUCGAAGUGGUGAUUUCAAGGUUACCUCCGAAGAAUUUGCUGACCUAUGCAAUACCAUUGCAAUAAAAUUUCAGAAAGAACCACCGCCGUCUUAUCUGGAAAAGUUCCCAUUCUACCAUUCACCACUUUGUGGGAGGUUGAAAUCUUUUGUGCGGAGCCGCAUGUUUGAGUACAUUAUUGUUUUUGUUCUUCUGAUAAACCUUGUUGCCGUCAUUAUCGAAACAACGCUUGAUAUAGAAAACAGCUCCUCACAGGAAACGUGGCAGGAAGUAGAGUUCUUUCUUGGAUGGAUUUAUGUAGCCGAGAUGGCACUGAAAAUAUUUUCAUUAGGAUUUGGUGCUUAUUGGAUGGAAGGCCAAAACAAAUUUGAUUUUGUGCUUACUUGGACUAUAUUUAUUGGAGAGACUCUAACGUUUGCCUUCCCGUCAAAGCUUCCCUUUCUUUCAAAUGGAGAAUGGAUUCGGUAUCUUCUCCUUGGAAGGGUGUUGCGCUUAACAAGAAUUUUGCUGCAAGUUCAGCGUUUCAGAGCAUUUGUUGCAACAUUCUUUACCCUGAUGUCUAGUUUGAUGCCAUAUUUGGGGAUAGUAUUCUGUGUUCUUUGCAUGUACUGCUCCAUUGGUUUGCAGAUUUUUGGGGGCAUUGUGUAUGCUGGUAACCCAACACUAGAAGAAACGGACCUCUUCAAUAAUGACUACCUUCUUUUUAACUUCAAUGACUAUCCAAGUGGUAUGGUUACUCUGUUCAAUUUGUUAGUGAUGGGCAAUUGGCAAGUAUGGAUGGAGAGUUAUUGGCAACUGACUGGAACUUCUUGGAGCCUGAUUUAUUUUGUCAGCUUUUACCUUAUUUCAAUAUUACUACUGCUUAAUCUGAUUGUAGCAUUUGUGUUGGAGGCAUUUUUUGCUGAGAUGGAACUGGAGAAAGGUGAAGAGGUUGAUAUCCAGAAUCCUACGUCUGGAGGAAUAAAGAAACGCCGGUCUAUGCGUGUGAGGUCAAAGGGUACGAUGGUUGAUAUUCUUCUGCACCAUAUGCUGAGCAAUGAACUUGAUGGAUCUCAAAACUCUUGAACAAUGACUGGUACCUGGAGUUCACCUACAUUCUUUUCACGAUUACGUUCUAUCGGUGCUGCCCUCGUUGUGCUUUAAUGGUACAACUGUCGGUUAUUUUUAUUCGGUUCUGCUAGGAUGGAAGCAAGAAAAUACACGAACACUUCCUGGUGAAAAAGUACAUGAAUGAUUACAACCAGUAUAUUCCCAAGCAUGGAGUAUGUAGCAGCCGUGAUAAAUUUCUGAGUAGUGCUGUAACGGACUCGAUUUGCUUCUUUUUUCAGUAUCAAGAAAUACAUUGAAUAUGCGUAUUUGUAUCGGGUCGAUUUGAUACUGCUGUCUGUCAGUCUGGUAGAGUUUUAUACACACUCCGUCUCAGUCAACAUACCAACAAGCAACUAUAGAAGAGUUCAAGUCACCACUUCAAAGUGUAGUCAGCAACUUGUAUAAAACAAAAGGAACUGUACUGGAAAUCAAUAUGAUACUACAGGCUCUGGUACUUUUUUCUGUAACUAAUCUUAUAUCAGUUGAGAUACUAUCAAUAUGAUACUACAGGCUCUGGUACAUUUUUCUGUAA